GGUAUUGUCAGUAUGUGUGUUAACAACAAUCCUUGGUUGUAUAUUUGGCUUGAAACCAAGCUGUGCCAAAGAAGUUAAGAGCUGCAAGGGCCGCUGUUUUGAGAGAACAUUUGGGAAUUGUCGCUGUGAUGUGGCCUGCGUUGGGCUUGGAAACUGCUGUCUAGAUUACCAGGAGACCUGUAUAGAACCAGAACAUAUAUGGACUUGCAGCAAAUUCAGGUGUGGUGAGAAAAGAUUGAGCAGAAGCCUCUGUGCCUGUUCGGAUGACUGCAAGGACCGGGGUGACUGCUGCAUCAACUACAGCUCUGUGUGUCAAGGUGAGAAAAGUUGGGUGGAAGAACCAUGUGAGAAUAUUAAUGAACCACAGUGUCCAGCAGGGUUUGAAACGCCUCCUACCCUCUUAUUUUCUUUGGAUGGAUUCAGGGCAGAAUAUUUGCACACUUGGGGUGGACUUCUUCCUGUUAUUAGCAAACUAAAAACCUGUGGAACAUACACUAAAAACAUGAGACCGGUUUAUCCAACAAAAACUUUUCCCAACCACUACAGCAUUGUGACAGGUCUUUAUCCAGAAUCUCAUGGCAUAAUUGACAAUAAAAUGUAUGAUCCCAAAAUGAAUGCUUCCUUUUCACUUAAAAGUAAACAGAAAUUUAAUCCUGAGUGGUACCAAGGAGAACCAAUUUGGCUCACAGCUCAGUAUCAAGGCCUCAAGUCUGGCACUUUUUUUUGGCCAGGAUCAGAUGUGGAAAUUAAUGGAAUUCUUCCAGACAUCUACAGGAUGUAUAAUGGUUCAGUUCCAUUUGAAGAAAGAAUUUUAACUGUUCUUCAGUGGCUGCAGCUUCCUAGAGAUGAAAGACCACACUUUUACACUCUGUAUUUAGAAGAACCAGAUUCUUCAGGUCAUUCAUAUGGACCCGUCAGCAGUGAAGUCAUCAGAGCCUUGCAGAGGGUUGACAACAUGGUUGGCAUGCUGAUGGAUGGCCUGAAAGAGCUCAACUUGCACAGAUGCCUGAACCUCAUCCUUAUUUCAGACCAUGGCAUGGAACAAGGCAGUUGUAAGAAAUAUGUAUAUCUGAAUAAAUAUUUGGGGGAUGUUAAAAAUAUUAAAGUGGUCUAUGGACCUGCAGCUCGAUUGAGACCCUCUGAUGUCCCAGAUAAAUACUAUUCAUUUAAUUAUGAAGGCAUUGCCAGAAAUCUUUCUUGCCGAGAACCAAACCAGCACUUCAAGCCUUACCUGAAGCAUUUUCUACCGAAGCGUUUGCACUUUGCCAAGAGUGACAGAAUUGAGCCCUUGACGUUCUAUUUGGACCCUCAAUGGCAACUUGCACUGAAUCCCUCAGAAAGAAAAUAUUGUGGAAGUGGAUUUCAUGGCUCUGACAAUAUAUUUUCAAAUAUGCAAGCCCUCUUUGUUGGCUAUGGACCCGGAUUCAAGCAUGGCAUUGAGGUUGACACCUUUGAAAAUAUUGAAGUCUAUAACUUAAUGUGUGAUUUACUAAAUUUGACACCAGCUCCUAAUAACGGAACUCAUGGAAGUCUUAACCACCUUCUAAAGAAUCCUGUUUACACCCCAAAGCAUCCCAAAGAAGUGCAUCCCCUGGUACAGUGCCCCUUCACAAGAAACCCCAAAGAUAACCUUGGCUGCUCAUGUAACCCCUCGAUCUUGCCAAUUGAAGAUUUUCAGACACAGUUUAAUUUGACCAUAGCAGAAGAGAAGAUGAUUAAGCAUGAAAGUUUACCCUAUGGAAGACCCAGAGUUCUCCAGAAGAAAAACUCUGCCUGUCUUCUUUCUCAGCACCAGUUUGUGAGUGGAUACAGCCAUGACAUCCUAAUGCCACUUUGGACAUCCUACACCGUGGACAGAAAUGACAGUUUCUUUACAGAAGACUUUUCUAACUGUCUCUACCAGGACUUUCGAAUUUCUCUUAGUCCUGUCCAUAAAUGUUCGUUUUAUAAAAAUAAUGCCAAACUGAGUUAUGGGUUCCUCUUCCCACCACAACUAAAUAAAAACUCAAGUCAGAUAUAUUCUGAAGCUUUGCUUACUACCAAUAUAGUGCCAAUGUACCAGAGUUUUCAAGUCAUAUGGGGCUAUUUUCAUGACACCCUACUGCAAAGGUAUGCUGAAGAAAGAAAUGGCGUCAACGUCGUCAGCGGUCCUGUCUUUGACUAUGAUUAUGAUGGACAGUAUGAUUCCUCAGAGACUCUAAGGCGAAACAGAAGAGUCAUCCGUAAUCAAGAAAUUCUGAUUCCAACUCACUUCUUCAUUGUACUAACAAGUUGUAAAAAUACAUCCCAGAUUCCCUUGCGCUGUGAAAACUUAGACACCUUAGCUUUCAUUUUGCCUCACAGGAGUGAUAACAGCGAGAGCUGUGUGCACGGGAAGCAUGAAUCCUCAUGGGUUGAAGAGUUGUUAAUGUUACACAGAGCACGGAUCACAGAUGUUGAACACAUCACUGGACUCAGCUUCUAUCAACAAAGAAAAGAGCCAGUUUCAGACAUUUUAAAGUUGAAAACACAUUUGCCAACCUUUAGCCAAGAAGACUGAUAUUUUUUUACUCCAGAAGCAUACCCUAAAUCUUUUUUAGAGAACCAUAUAUUUUAUACAACCCCUUCUCCCAUCUAUUGUUGCAAUGUUCACAAACUGUCGACCAGAGUUAGAGCGGAAUCCUCUGUGAUACGGACAUCUCAGGGAAACCUGUGUACUCAGCACACCAGUAGGAGAGUGUCCUGUUGAGUCUUGCACUAUUUGAAUAUGUAAGAAUUGUAUACAUUGUUUAAAUUUGAAGAAAUAAAGACAGACCGUACCUAAAACUGCUUUUCUACUUCUCUUAAGGGAGAAGUAGCUGUGAAUAUUGUCUGGACACCAGACAUUUGAACCUUAUUAUUGAUAAUAAACCUUGAUGGCAUUGGCACUAGACUUAUUAAUAGAAUUGGGAUAGUCCAUGUUACAUUGUUAUCUUUACAAUAAUUUAAAAGUAGUUCUGUAUUUCUUUUAACUUGAAGUUUAAUUUCUUUUUGUUUUAAUCAAAAAAAAAAAAUAAUGGAAGCCAAAAUACUUGGAGACACUUUUUCUAUCUUUCCUGUAAACCCUCUGAGAAGCCAAGUUACCAGUCCCGUGUUAUUUUCUUUAUUGUGAUUGGAUUUCUCCAGAUUUAAUGGCUCAAACAAGUUAAACUUUGAGGGAAGAUCUGUGAGUUGAGUAUACCUAUCUAUUAUAAAA